CUUUAUAAAUUGUCACAGGCUACUUUCACUUUUGAUAUUAGGCAACACAGCUGCUACUCUGAAAGCUGGGAGACUGAGUGGAGUGAGCACACGCAGCAGUGCCAGGAGUGCCCGCAGCCCCGAGCACCCACCCCAGCCCCGGACCCAGAUGAGUUCCAGCCAGGAGAAGCCCUUGAUGGGGAAACCCCCCACGAGCCAGCUGAGCCCCACGAGCCCUGGCCAUGGGCUGGCUGGCGUCAGUGAAAGCCGCAGCCUCCAGGCCCAGAGCCGGCACCUCACUGCAAAGAUGCAGAGCUCCCUGCAGCCCCUGUGCCUGUCCCUGGAGAAACUCCAUCGGGUCAAGGACAGCAUGCUGGAGGCCAUGGACCGGGGGCUGAGCCGCCGGACUCACGCCCAAGCCACAGUGCGCAUGCUGCCCAACUUCAUCCGCUCCACCCCGGACGGCACCGAGAGAGGCGAAUUCCUGGUGCUGGAGCUGAGAGAUACCGAUUUGCGGGUGCUGCUGGUGGAGCUGUCGGGGGACACGCGCCAGAUGGUGACGGUGAAACAGCAGCUCUUUCCUGUGUCAGACGCAAUGGCCCAAGGCCCUGGCGAGGAGCUCUUUGCCUACAUGGCGACAUGCUUGUGUGAGUUCCUGGACAGGCUCCGCUUGCCCCGGAGGGCCUUCCAGCUGGGCUUCUCCUUCCCCUUCCACUGCCGGCAGACGCGGCUGGACCAGAGCUACCUGAUCUCCUGGACGAAAAGCUUCAAGUGCCCUGGUGUGGAGGGGAGAGACGUGGUGGAGUUACUGCAAAAUGCCAUCAACAAGCAAGAUCGCUACCCCAUCACGGUCAUCGCGGUGGUGAACGACACCACUGGCACCAUGAUGAGCUGCGAGGCCAGUGCAGAGCCGUGCGAGGUCGGCCUGGUUGUCGACGCUGGCACCAACAGCUGCUUCAUGGCGGAGGCGCGGCACGUGGAGAUGGUGGAGGAGAGCGAGGGCCGGAUGGGCGUGGUCACUGAAUGGGGCUCCUUCGGGGACGACGGCACCUUGAACGACAUGCUGAGCCCCUACGACCGGCUGGUGGACGAGGCCUCCCUGAACCCAGGGAAGAGCAGGUUCGAGAAGAUGAUCAGUGUCUUGUACUUGGGCGAGAUCGUCCGGCACAUUCUGGCCACUCAGGGCGGGCUCUUCAGCGAGCGCACGACCCCUGCCCUUCUGACCAAGGGGUCGGUCCAGACCCGGGACAUCCUGGAGAUCACAGACGAGCAGGUGGGACUGGUGAGGGCACAGUGUGUCCUGCGGCAGCUGGGGCUGGAAGCGAGCGACCAGGACUGCUUCAGCAUGCAGCAGGUGUGCAGCACCGUGUGCAUUCGCGCCGCCAGCCUGUGUGCCGCUGGCCUGGCCGCCAUCCUCAGCCACAUGUGCAGGAACCGGGAGCUGACCCACCUGAAGACCAGCGUGGCCGUGGACGGAGCCAUGUUCCGGGACCACGCCAAGUUCAGCCAGACGCUGCAGCAGCUGGUGAAGCAGCUGGCCCCCGAGUGCGACGUCACCUUGGUGCAGGCAGAGGAUGGCAGCGGCAAGGGGAUUGCCAUGGUGGCCGCAGUGGCAUCUAGGCAGGUAGCCCAGCGCCUCCAGGUGAACCAAACCCUGGCGCUGCUGCAGCUCUCGCCCGAUGCCCUGGGCAAGGUGCAGGCCUUGCUGAGACGGGAGAUGGAGCUGGGGCUGAAGAAGGAGACGCACGCCAUGUCCUCCGUCCGCAUGCUGCCCACCUACAUCUGUGCCACGCCCGACGGCUCGGAGAGAGGCAACUUCUUGGCUCUGGACCUGGGCGGGACCAAUUUCCGGGUGCUGCUGGUGCAGGUGGGCAGCCGGGAACAGGGCGGCGUGCAGAUCGUCAGCGAGGUGUACUCCAUCCCGCCAUACAUGGCCCAGGGCCCGGGCAGCCAGCUCUUUGACCACAUCGUGGAGUGCAUCAUGGACUUCCAGGCCAAGCAGGGCAUGAUGGGCCAGACGCUGCCACUCGGCUUCACCUUCUCCUUCCCCUGCCAGCACACCGGCUUGGACCAGGGCGUCCUGCUGAGCUGGACCAAAGGAUUCAACGCCUCGGACUGUGUGGGGCAGGACGUGGUGAAGCUGCUCCGGGAGGCGGUGAAGCGCAAAAAUCACUUUGCGCUGGACGUGGUUGCCAUAGUGAAUGACACCGUGGGAACCAUGAUGUCGUGCGGCUACGACGACCCCAGCUGUGAGGUCGGCCUCAUUGUGGGCACGGGCACCAACGCCUGCUACAUGGAGGAGCUGCGGAACGUGGGCACCCUGGCAGGGGGGGAAGGGCGGAUGUGCGUCAACAUGGAGUGGGGGGCGUUCGGCGACAAUGGCUGCCUGGAUGCGUUCGUCACCCCCUUCGACAGACAGGUGGACGAGGCCUCGCUGAACCCCGGCAGGCAGAGGUUCGAGAAGCUCAUCAGCGGCAUGUAUCUGGGCGAGAUUGUCCGGCGCAUCCUGCUGGAGCUCACGGCCAAGGGGCUCCUGUUCCGGGGCCGCCCGUCCCCCAAGCUCCAGACCCGGGAUAUCUUCCAGACCAAGUUCCUGUCGUCCAUCGAGAGCGACGGCCUGGCCCUGCGGCAGGUGUGCGCCAUCCUGGAGGGGCUGGGGCUGCACGUCACCUGCGAGGACAGCGUGCUGGUACGGGAGGUGUGCCAGGUGGUGGCCCGGCGCGCGGCCCAGCUCUGCGGGGCAGGCGUGGCUGCUGUGGUGGAGAAGAUCCGGGAGAACCGGGGCCUGGAGCAGCUCUCGGUGACGGUGGGCGUGGACGGGACGCUCUACAAGCUGCACCCACACUUCGCGCAGGAGGUGCAGAAGACUGUGCAGCUCCUUGCCCCACGCUGCAGCGUCACCUUCCUGCGGUCGGAGGACGGCUCGGGGAAAGGGGCCGCGCUCAUCGCAGCUGUUGCCUGUCGUGUCGCCCGCCACCAACAGGCCUGAGCCUGCCCC